GCUCGAGACGAGGGGUACAUUUCACCAAUGGCUUCAACCUUCGUCUCACCUGCAUAAUUUAUGUUUUAAUUGUGUUAUUAUAAGUUGCUGUCCUCUGUGUAUCACUGCCCAAAUUACUCAAGGGUUUGUGUGGUCCAAACUGUCUCCCAAAAAUAUAGUCACCCCCCCUCAUCAACUUGGCUUCUCUUGAAGCUUCUUUCCCCUUGCUCAUAAAGCUGUCCCUGUACAGAUAAAACAGUAACUACAACAAUGGAGGUUUUUCUCUUUGAAUGCUCUUUGGUUUGCUUUUCUCUUCAGGUUUGAAAUGAAUCAUCACCAAUUAAGUUUGGGGUAGACAGGUUUGAAAUGAAUCAUCACCAAUUAACUUUGGUUCUACCCCAAACUAGUUCUCUAACAACCCUUGUUCUUCUUGUAAAGAAGAAAAUAGUUCUCUCGGUGGGUAUUUUGUAUGCUUUUGUUUUGUGGGUAGAGGCUAUUUAGUGUGUUUGCUCAUCUGAAUUUUGGUUUACGCAUGGAGUUGAGGUGAUGGCUUCUUCCUCUUUAUUGUGUUCUGGAGGAGAAGCAGCAGAGACUAUGGCCGAAAGCUGCAAUUUUUUCGAAUUCAUGGAUUCGAUUGGUGGGUACUAUUCUUUAGAUUUAGACGCUUCUGAUUUCCAAGCUUCUUUUCCAACCUUCACACCUCAAUCAUCAAAUUAUCAGGUUUUUUCUCUCUUCUCGCUUCCUCAGAGUUCCAAUUUGGAGGAGGAAAUAUUGGAUAAAUGGGUUUCUUCCGAUUCCUCACAACUUUUUGAUUCGGGGUUUUCACCCAUUGAUAUUUCUGAACCAGGUGAAAACAUAAUUCAAGGCCCAGGAUUAAUGAAGGUUCAUGCCAUUAGUGGAAAGCCAAUUGAGAAUUUGAGACAAAAUAAAGCCAAUGAAAUAGAUGUGAAACUUGAGAAUCGUGGAGAGAAGCCCUUCUUUGAUUCAAAUGAGUCUUGUGUUCUAAAGGAACGAAUGAUGUUGGCUAUACGCAAUUUUAAAGAUUCAGCUGAGCACAAUGUGCUGGUUCAGGUGUGGGUGCCAAUUAAAAAUGGGGAUAAGUUUGUUCUCACCACUUCUGGCCAACCCUUUGCUCUCGAUCACCAGAGCACGAGCCUUCUUCGAUACCGAACUGUUUCACUUACUUAUGCUUUCUCGACUGAUAAAGAGGAUGAAGGGAACCUUGGUCUCCCUGGUCGAGUUUUCCAGAAGAAAAGGCCAGAGUGGACUCCAAAUGUGCAGUUUUAUAGUAGAAAGGAGUACCCACGAUUGAAUCAUGCCUUGCUCUAUGAUGUCCGUGGCUCUUUGGCUGUGCCGAUAUUUGAAGCUUCUGGUGAGUCUUGUAUUGGUGUGGUUGAGCUCAUAACGACAUUACAGAAGAUCAGCUAUGCACCUGAAGUUGACAAAGUCUGCAAAGCUCUUGAGGCUGUGAAUUUCAAAGUCCCUGAGAUCGUGGAUCAUCCAAAUGUACAGAUAUCUAAUGACGGUCACCGGGCAGCUCUUGCCGAAAUCAGGAAGAUAUUGAUUUCAGUUUGUGAUAUCCAUAAUAUACCACUAGCUCAGACUUGGGUUCCAUGCUAUUAUUGCGAUGUUAAAAAUUAUGUGGCUGUCAUGAAGGAUAACGAUAGUUGUUUGAAAAUUGGUGAUAGAAAAGUUUGUAUGUCAGCAAAUAAUGCUGCAUUUUGUGUCAAUGAAGCUCAUGUGUGGGGUUUCAGAGAUGCUUGUUCCGAACACCAUUUGAAAGGUAGCGAGGGCAUAGUGGGUGGAGCAUUUACAUCCAAGGGACCAUGUUUUUGCGACAACAUUUGUUCUUUUAGCAAAACUGAAUAUCCUCUAGUGCAUUAUGCAUAUAUGUUUGGCUUAUCAGGUUCUCUUGCUCUACAUUUACAGAGCUUGUAUGCUGGCAGUGGUGAUUAUGUUUUGGAGAUUUUCUUGCCCUUAAAUUGUAAAGGAAAGGCAGAGCAACGCAAACUUUUGGUGUCUAUGUUAGCCACCAUCAAACAGUGUUGUCAGAACUCAUUUUUGGUUCUUAGUAAAGAAGUUCAUGAUGAAAAAUCUGUCCAAAUGAUUGAAAUAUGCCGAAAUGUGGAAAACGGUGGUAACAUACCAGGCAGCCAUAAAAAUUGUCAAGGACAUCAUGAAAUGUACCAAGAGCAGGAAAGGUCUUGCAAGAGCACUUUGCAUGAAACUAGUGGACAUCGAGAUUUACUGCGACAGGAUACUAUGAAUUACAAUGUAAAGUUGUCAGAUAUAGAAGCCAAAAGGUGUGAAGUUAAUUCUGUUGGAGAAAUCAAAUUUGGAAGGAGAGGACUUGAAAGAGGGCGAGGAAAGCUAGAAAAAUCUGUUAGCAUGGUGGUUCUUCAACAAUACUUUGCUGGAAGCCUUAAAGAUGCUGCUAAGAGCGUUGGUGUUUGCCCAACAACUCUGAAGCGCAUAUGUAGGCAACAUGGGAUCAGGAGAUGGCCGUCUCGCAAGAUUAACAAGGUCAAUAAUUCCUUGAGGAAGCUUCAAGGAGAGAUUGAAUCUGUUCGGGGCAUAGAUGGUCCAUUCACUGUAACUUCAUUUACAAACUCUUCUAUAUCAUGGCCAGCUCCAUCAGAUCAUAAGACUUUUACCACAACCCAUUGCACGAGACCCAUAGCAAUGGAAGCUAAGUGCCUUGAUUCAGACAGUGAGCCCAUCAUUGAUAAGCUAUCAAAGUACAACUGCUAUUUCUCUGAUGCCAUUCCGGGGCAGAGGGACAUUAUUGCCCCACGUGAUGAGAGCAUGGAGCGGCCUAUGACAUCUGAGUUUUGCUUGUCAAGUUUUAGUCCCCAAUCUAGUGAUCCUUCUUUUGCUCUGGAAUACAAGAAAAGGUUUUGCACGGAGAGGCCGAAAUCUGAACAUAUGCAGAUUGCUAGAUCAGUUAGCUGCAAGGACUUGAGUGAGCUGCCCCAUGGGCUUGAAUGGGUGACAAUAAAGACAUCAUACCAGGAUGAUAUGGUAAUAAGAUUCAGGCUUUCGUCUGGGUCAGGCAUUUUUGAUUUGCAUAGAGAGGUUUCAAAGAGAUUCAAAAUGGAGGUGGGCGCUUUUGGUAUCAAGUACUUUGACAAUGACAAAGGCAACUGGGUUUUACUGAGCUGUGAUGCUGAUCUGCACAAGUGCAUUGAUGCAUCCACAUCUUCAGGUGCGCGGGUCAUUCGAUUGUCCAUGACUUUUUCAAACCAAGCAACUAGAAUGAGAGAGGCCCAAUUGAUUUGAUUGUAUAACAUUCUACUUUUUGUAUGUUUAGUUCCAGGCAUCUUGUCUGCUGUACUAUGUUUCUCAUGUUUUUGUCAAAUGGUGGUAUAUCGAAGUAUAGUGGAAAGAAAUUUGUUAAAUAAUGACCGAUCUUUCAAGGUGACAAACUGGCAUGGAACAUGUAGAUUUGGUCUUUAUAUUGCAUAUAUGGAUUCCUGAAAUUUGGAGAUUUCUAGA